AUGGAUGAAAUUCAAGUUAUCAAAGAAUCUUUUUUUGCAAACCACCCGAACUGGACAGCUAUAGACCUCAGAUCCAAAAAAGAUGGUAAGUGGCUUACAUUUUAUAACGCAAAAACCAAUAAAAAAUAUAACGGACCACGAUAUAAACAACUUAAAACAGCAAGGCGUCAAUUAUAUGUUCAUAAAAAGUAUGAGGAGAAAAAAGAACCUGCUCCUCCAACAAUUUAUGAUAUAAAAAUCAAUGAUAAUUAUACAAGUUUGCCAUGUCGUCCUUUAUGUCCAUAUCUUUUAAAACAAAAUGAUCCGAGAGAAUCACCUGCUAUAGAUCUACCUGAUUUAUCUGAAUAUUCUUAUAAAAAAUUUAAAGGUCAUCCACCUUUAACAACAAGACAUAGAUAUUCAACGCAUUUAUUCAACAGACUUAGGCAGGAAGAGAUUAUUCAAAAUCUACCGAAAUUUAAUCCACACCCUCCUGUAAAGAGAGAAUUGCCAAAAACUCCAUCACUAUUUGAGCGAUCAAUUCAAGGUGAUCCCUAUGAAUAUAAAUGGAAUGAUGAUACUAUUAAAAUGGCAAGAGAGAUCUCAACUGCGAUUAAUCCAAGAAGGAAAUUCAAAUCUCCAUAG